AUGUAUGCUGGUGUUCCUUUGAUUUGUAUUCCAUUUACUGGAGAUCAAUUGUAUAAUGCUUCAAUUGUUGAAGCAAAAGGAGUUGGCAUUUAUUUGAGACAUUAUGAUAAUCAUUUUAUUCAAAAUCUCUGGAAUGCUCUUGUUCAAAUAUUACAUGAUGAGGAUGGAGAUUUUAAUUUUAACAGUAAAUAUAGUUUGAAAGCCGAAGAGAUGAGGAAUGAAAUUCUUCAAAAUUAUGAACAUGAAAAAAUGAAAGACAAAUUUUUGGAUAAAUUUUAAAGAGUAUAUUUUAGUGAGAGAUUUUGUCAAAUAAAAAAAGAAAAUUGGAAGGGUUUUUUGGGGGUAUUUUGG